GAGGAGGAGGAGGAGGAGGAGCAGGAAGAAGCUAAAGGCAGAGCAGCAGAGGAGCCUCCCGGUGGAUCACGGAGCCGCUGCGGCCGGAACCCCAAGCUGCACCCGCGGAGCUAUGGCCGAAGAAAGCAUCCGAUCCACGGCUUGCACCGGCUCCAGCCUCCUGCUGCCGGUCAGCGAGAUGACCAACCUGCCGCUGGAUCAGGUGAACUUUGUGGUGUGUCAGCUUUGCGCUCUGAUCUCGGCCUUCUGGUUUCGUCUCUUCCUCCAUCCCAGUAAAACCAGUCCUUUCAUCAGACAUGUGGUGGCGACCGUGCUGGGGCUCUACUUUGCCACGUUCUGCUUCGGCUGGUAUGCGCUUCACUUCCUGCUCCAGAGUGGACUCACCUACGGCAUCAUGAUCCUGACUGGAGUGGAGCACAUGCACAAGUACUGCCUCAUAGUAGCUCUCGGUUACCUGAGUCUGUGCCAGAUCACCCGGGUCUACGUGUUUGACUACGGCAUGUACUCUGCUGACUUCACUGGUCCCAUGAUGGUCAUAACUCAGAAGAUCACAAGCCUGGCGUUUGAAAUCCAUGAUGGAAUGGCUCGGAGGGAAGAACAGCUGACCCCGGGACAGAAGAUUUUAGCCAUAAGACGCAUCCCAAGUCUCCUGCAGUACUUCAGCUACAACUGUAACUUCAUGGGGAUUCUGGCCGGUCCAACCUGCUCCUACAACGACUACAUUGCCUUCAUCGAGGGGGAACCGCCUCGCCACAGGGAACAGGAAGCUGAUAGGCAGUCCAGGAGCAGGCUAAGGCAACCUGAACCAUCACCCAAUAUGGAGGUGGUCCGUAAAGUGGCCACCUCCUUCUUCUGCCUCCUGGUAUUCCUGUCAGUGUGUAAAGUAUUCCCUGUGGAGCGGAACAACGAUGACGAUUUCAUCGCCAGCACCCCGUUCUAUGCUCAGGUGGUCUACCUGUAUCUCUCCAUGCUGACCACCCGACCCAAGUAUUACUUUGUUUGGACGCUUGCUGAUGCCAUCAACAAUGCCGCUGGCUUUGGUUUCAAUGGCUACGACGAUAAUGGCGCCCCUCGCUGGGACCUGAUCUCCAACCUUCGGAUAUUAAACAUUGAGUUUGCCACCAGUUUCAAAGUUUUCCUGGACAACUGGAACAUUCAGACGGUCCUCUGGCUUAAAAGGGUGUGUUAUGAGCGAUGUCCUUACCAUCCAACAGCAGCCACAUUCAUCCUGUCCGCCAUGUGGCAUGGAGCCUAUCCAGGAUACUACCUGACCUUCCUGACCGGCAUCGUUGUAACUCUGGCAGCGAGAGCGGUGAGUUAG